UUGAAAAUGGCGGCCGCCGAGGAAGAAGAAACGAACUCAAAAACAGACAGUAAUCAGCUGAAUGUGCAGACAUUUUUUGAGUUGGAAGAAUGUCACACUGUGAUAUCUGAGCUCCAACGAUGCGGAUGUUGCACGAGGUGCAUCCUGAGACUUCUUGGAGUGAAGAGACAGCCUUUGUUUAUCACCCCCAAUGAAGUAAUGAUCCAGCUGAUGAAGGCAAAACAGAACGAUGAAGAACCAAGCCCAUCAACGGACAACAACGGAGAAACUGAACCUGUUGACAAGGAGGUUUCCGAUUCAAGCAGUCAGAGUUCAGAGGCAGUCUGCUCCGUGUGUCUUGGUAUACUGCAGGGGUUGUGUGACCCCAGCAGUGUCAAGAUGCUUGCUGAUCAGGUACGUGAAGCAGACUUUGGAUUUGACACUUUCACCAUGUCCAUGACUCUACCACUGCAGCUCCUCAUCAGGGAGCAUUGCAUAUUUCUUCAUUUGAAGUCAGUUUUCAGUAAACUUUACCAGAAGACCAUCCAUAACAACAUUGCUACCAUUAAGGAGGUGUACAAGUGGGUUUGUGGACCAGUCAUGGGAAAUGCUCUCGAUGUCAAAUUCUACUUCAAGAGUCCGAUGGAGAUUAUGGUUACAUUCACACACAAAGAAACUGAGAAAGAACUAAACAAACUAUUACAACAGAGUAAUAACGAGCCUCCAAGAAAGAAGUUUAGACGUGGGUAUAACAGUGGAGCCAUCAACUCACCAGGAAGGCCAGUAGUAUUGGGAGCCAUAAAGAAUGUGUCAGAUACCAAAUUUAAAGAAUUGUUUACAUGUCCACCACCUGUGCCUCAGCAACUAAGCAUCACAGAGGUGACCUGCUCCUACUCAGCAGUCUUUGUUGCUGGACGUUAUAACAAGUAUUCCCGGAACCUAAGCCAGACACCGUGGCUGAUUGAAGGCCAGCGUAAGACUGAAUCCUCCAUGCAGGAGAUCAUAUGUGAUCCAAUUCAAAACCUCUUUAAGGCAUCAGAUUUUAAAUUCUCAGCAUCUGGAAGGGAAGAUGUAGAUGUGAGGACACUUGGGAGGGGGAGGCCAUUUGUAGUGGAAGUACUUAAUUCAAGGCGGCCAGUACCGACACAAGAGGAACUCACAGCAUUACAAAAGACUAUCAACAGAGGUACUACUGAUGCUCGUGUUAGGGAUCUUCAAUGCAUAGAAAAAGAUGACCUUAACAAACUCAAAGAUGGUGAGGAGAUUAAGACCAAGUCUUACAGUGCACUCAUUUGGUCAUCCGCUGAGCAAACUGCCGAAAGUUUAGCAUUCCUGACUGACAUUAAGGACCUGACAUUAUAUCAGAAGACACCAGUGCGUGUCCUACACAGACGCCCUCUAGCAACAAGAGAGAGAGUUGUGCACACUAUCUCAGCCAAAGUUAUUGAUGCCCAUCAUUUCAGGUUAUUCCUAAGAACACAGGCAGGAACAUACAUCAAGGAGUUUGUCCAUGGUGACUUUGGUCGGACGACGCCCAACCUGGGAAUUCUUCUCAAGUGUGAUGUGGACAUUCUAGAAUUAGACGUUGAAUCAGUUGAUGUUGACUGGCCUCCCUAUCUCCCUGAGGAGGAGGAUGCCGAUGAGCAAAUGAAGGAGGCAGAGGACAAAACCUGAAGAUGUCGGAGACACUGUGAUGAAGAAGAAGAUAAACCCAAGUAAGAUAGUUGGGUCCUCUGGCAAGAUGUCAAAAGAACCUGAGAGUCUUGUGCCCAUAACAUGUCUGACAACUAUACUAUUAAGCCAAAUUGAUAAAGCUGUUACUCAGAAAAUACUGCUUAGCAGGACACCAGUUGCAACAAUGUUAACUUCAUGGAAUUUUUUUUCUGGUAAGCAGUUCCUGCUAAGAAAUAUUUUUCUGUGCUUAGCAAGUUUUUAUGCUUAUGGUUGGAUGCCCUGGCCUGUGCUAAGGCAUUGGUGGCAAUUGCCAAUAAUGCUGCUGGUCUGUGCCUCGGUGCCCCUUAAAAUGCUUCUUUUAAAAACUCCUAUAUUUUUAUCUUGGAGGUAUCAGCGACAACAGAAAAUUAUUCCUUUACAAUAACUCAAAGCUCCUUACAGAAACUAUUCACUAAGAUCAACAUAUACAUACUAUUGCAUACUUUAUAAACUCUACAUUUUUGGUUGAUUCUCAAUAAACAUAUUUUUUGUUUGUAUUGACAAAAGCCAGUCUUACAAGAAGUUGGGAUGAUAAUUUAAAAUUUUUGUUUCAAACAUCCUGGAUACUUGUGGUUGACAAAAGCCACAUUUGUAAUGAGUAAUCCUCUCAAGAAAUUUCUUAUCAAAAACAUAUUUUAUUUGUUGUUAAAAAGGCAAUGGUACAUAUAUUUUUUAUUUUUUAAUGAUCGUUCAUUUUCAGAAAAAAAAGUUGCAACAUUUUUUGCUUCAAGGAAAGAGUUCAUUUACACUGUGAAGAAAAGACUUUUUGAUUCUUCGCAUAAAAAUAAUGCAUCAAUGAUCAAUUCUCAUUGUAUAGCAGUCAGGUCAACACCUGUGUUAAAAAAGAAAUUCAUGUACAUGCUCAAAUAAACAGAAAAACUCAAAACAUUUUAAAAUCAUGACUCUUUUUGUUCUUGUUUUUGUUAAACUGCAGCUUUAUUUACACAAUGACUCGGAUAUAAAAACAGUUGGAUCUACACUAAAAGCAAUUGUGAAAAAAGCUCACACAUUCGCUGAAAGAAUGGGAGACUUUUGGGACGAUUGGUGGCAGCAGACUUACCAGGUAAAAUCCAUUGUUCUCGGUCAUGUGCACA